AUGUCAGAACCUUCAGAGAAAAAACAAAAAGUUGCUACAUCAUCCUUGGACCAAUUAAAGAAGGCUGGGACCCAUGUGGUUGCUGAUUCGGGGGAUUUUGAGGCUAUUUCGAAGUAUGAAGCACAAGAUUCAACGACUAAUCCUUCUCUGAUACUGGCAGCUUCAAAAUUGGAGAAGUAUGCAAGAUUUAUCGACACAGCCGUUGAAUAUGGGAGGAAGCAUGGUAAAACCGAUCACGAGAAAAUCGAGAACGCCAUGGAUAAGAUUUUGGUGGAAUUCGGUACCCAGAUUUUGAAGAUUGUCCCAGGAAGAGUUUCUACUGAGGUGGACGCAAGGUUAUCUUUUGAUAAGAAGGCGACUGUCAAGAAAGCUCUUCACAUCAUCAAAUUAUAUAAAGAUGCGGGCGUACCUAAAGAAAGAGUUUUGAUCAAGAUAGCUUCUACAUGGGAGGGUAUACAAGCUGCCAGAGAGUUGGAAGCAAAACACGGUAUCCAUUGUAACAUGACGUUACUAUUCUCCUUUACGCAAGCAGUAGCAUGUGCGGAAGCAAAUGUCACUUUGAUCUCUCCAUUCGUGGGAAGAAUAAUGGACUUUUACAAGGCCCUUUCAGGUAAAGACUAUACUGCAGAAACCGAUCCCGGCGUUCUAUCUGUUAAGAAGAUAUAUAGUUAUUACAAGAAGCACGGUUAUGCAACUGAGGUAAUGGCGGCUUCCUUUAGGAACUUAGAUGAAUUGAAGGCAUUAGCGGGUAUUGAUAAUAUGACGCUCCCACUGAAUCUUCUAGAACAGUUAUAUGAAUCAACAGACCCUAUUGACAAUAAAUUGAAUGCUGAGAGUGCUAAGAAAGAAGGUGUUGAAAAAGUCUCCUUCAUCAACGACGAACCUCAUUUUAGAUAUGUCUUGAACGAAGAUCAAAUGGCUACAGAGAAGUUAUCUGAUGGUAUCAGAAAGUUCUCUGCGGACAUUGAAGCGCUGUACAAAUUGGUUGAAGAGAAAAUGUGA